CCUCGCCGUCUCCUCCCCACCUCUCCCAAGGGGGCCGGAACGGCUUCGGCGCGCGGGGGCUUUUCGGACCAGUCGAGUGGAAAAUAGACUUUAACCCGCUUUGUGGCAACAAGGGCGCCCGGAGCGCUCUCCCCGGCCGAGACUGCGGGCGCUCAGGCAGGCCACUCUCAAGACCUGGCCUGGAGUCCUCGCAGAGCCUCGCGGCACGAGGACCUUCUGGCCGCCGGGCGCCGGGACGCACUGCCCGGAUCCGCGCACCCGGGCCGCGGCCAGGCCGCUCUGACUAAGCCGGGCAGCAGCGAGGAAGCAGAUCGGCUUCUCGCAGUGCACUGGCAGGGUGCGGGUCCCAGCCUCCCCAUCACCGCCUAGCGUCCUCUUGGGCCUGGAUACUGUUUUCCUGCGGCCUGGAAGGCCCUGGUGGAAAAGUUUGCUGAGUAUUUGUUCUCCUUCCCACUGCCCUCUCAUCCCCGACGAAUUAGUGCACGAAAUAGAAACUGGCUGGAGUAGAGUAGUCCGCUGCUCCGCGUUCGCGAGUGGUGAGGGUCGGAGGAGGCCAGGUGGCCGCUACGUUCCCGGGAUGGUCUAUGUGUCUUCUUGGAGGGUCUUAGGCGUUGGUUGUGGACUGUUCGGCCACCUCCAACGUAAGACAGUGUCUUCAAGGCCCCGGCCUGUCCUGGACCGCCUGCACCUGAGCUCCGCAAUCAGAGAAGAGGAGGAAAGCAGAUGGCCCUGCGGGCCGGUCGCGAUGCCCGUAGCUGGGCCAAGGACCUGCUUCCAAGCCCGGAGAACUGCAGCUUGAGACGUCUGGGUGACCACUCCGCCAGCUCCUCCAGCGCUUUUCCUGGCCUGGCCUCUUCUGAAAAUAACUGCGCGUCCGCUUUCCGAAGCUGUCCCCUUUACCACUCAGAAAACGAGAAACCUCAGGAACAAGCCCGCGGCUUCAGACUGCGUCCCAGGAGACGGACGGUGGGCGAUCCCGAGGGUCCUAGCGGCCAGAGGAGCAAGUUCUCAGAAGAAUCUAUUCGUUGAACCCCAAACACCCACACUGCACUCGAAUUCAAGUUAUCUGGGAACUGAAACGACAUCCCGGGACGAACUGGAGAGGGUUCAACUGAUUUACACACUGGGGAGCGGGGCUGGAGACUCUCCCAAGCCCCAGACCCCUCGCACACCUCCUUCUGCUCCCGCCUGGGUGGAGACGCUUGCGGCUGCCGCCAGACUCAGCUAAAGGGCAGAGCUGCGAGAAGACGCGAGAGCAGGAGGAGGCCUAGCUCGCCCCGCACGAGCUCCAGUCCGGCUUUUGCCUCCGACUGCUGGCUCCUUCCCCUUCCCGCGGUCCCUCGCCCCGCCCCGCCCCGCCCCCCACCUUGGGGCAGGUGAGCGGCGGCCAAUGGGCGAGCGCGGGGCAGGUGCCCGCUAACUCUCGCCUAGCAGCGCGGUGGCCGAGGCCGGGCAGGACACUGCUGGGAGGACCGGGGGCAGGGGUCGGUCCCGGCUGGACUCGGAAGGGAAGGGGCCGGGCUCAGUCCCCAGGCGGUCGAGGCAGCUCGCAGCUUCGUUCGGAGCCCGCGCCGGUGCCGGCGCCGGGAGCUGCCCGCUUGGGCGCAGAGGCCGGCGCGCCUAGCCUCGCGCCGUGGCCCGACUCCGCGUUCGCCGGCUCGCACGCCCCUCGCCGCUCCGCGCCUGGCUUGUGGGCAGGGGCUGAGCGCGGGCGGGCGGGCGGGGGAGGUGAAGGGUGCUGGUGUGUGUGCAUGUGCCUGGCUGGGUGCACACCCCGCACGGCGGCGGCGCCAGGACGCGGAGCGCUCCCCAGAGCCCGGGUGCCUCGCUCGGCUCUGGCGGCCGCGACCAUGUUCCAGCCCACAGCCAAGCGCGGCUUUACCAUCGAGUCUUUGGUGGCCAAGGACGGCGGCACUGGAGGGGGCACUGGCGGCGGGGGCGCAGGCUCCCAUCCCCUGGCGGCGGCCGCCUCGGAGGAGCCGCUCCGGCCCACGGCGCUCAAUUAUCCUCACCCCAGCACAGCCGAAGCGGCCUUCGUGAGCGGCUUCCCCGCCGCCGCGGGCGCCGGCCGCUCGCUCUACGGCGGUCCCGAGCUCGUAUUCCCCGAGGCCAUGAACCACCACGCGCUGACCGUGCACCCGGCGCACCAGCUGGGCGCCUCCCCGCUGCAGCCCCCGCACUCCUUCUUCGGCGCCCAGCACCGGGACCCUCUGCACUUCUAUCCCUGGGUGCUGCGGAACCGCUUCUUCGGCCACCGUUUUCAGGCGAGCGACGUGCCCCAGGACGGGCUGCUUCUGCACGGCCCCUUCGCGCGCAAGCCCAAGCGGAUCCGCACGGCCUUCUCGCCCUCGCAGCUGCUGCGACUGGAGCGUGCCUUCGAGAAGAACCACUACGUGGUGGGCGCCGAGCGGAAGCAGCUGGCCGGCAGCCUCAGCCUCUCCGAGACGCAGGUGAAGGUGUGGUUCCAGAACCGGAGGACAAAGUACAAGCGGCAGAAGCUGGAGGAGGAAGGGCCCGAGUCGGAGCAGAAGAAGAAGGGCUCCCAUCACAUCAACCGGUGGCGCAUUGCCACGAAGCAGGCCAACGGGGAGGACAUCGACGUCACCUCCAAUGACUAGGGUGGGCAGCCGCGACCCCACCAGGGCAGAGUGCCACGCGCUGCUGGCCAGGCCCCCCCACCGGUGGGCCCAGCAGGACUCUGGCCACUCCUCGGCCGGGCUGCGUGGAGGCCUCAGGUCAUGGCCCCGGAGGGCUCGGCGCCUGGGGCCACCACCGACAGAGGGACAAGAUAUGGGCUGGCUGAGGCCCGGGACUGCUCGACCUUCUCCUUGGAGAGCCUGCCCACCUGGGCAGUGCAGCCUCCCAGCCACUCUCCAUUUCUCUUAUCUCCUUUUCGUUUUGACGCAUUUCUGUUUUAAUUUAUUUUGCAGGCACCCGCUGUAGUUCUUAGUGAUCCCCUUGUGUCUCCCUUCCCUAUGGGAACAAUAAAAGUCUCUCUCUUAAUGA